AUGCAACAUCCACAGCCCCCAAUUCCUCAAAUACUUCGCUUACCCAUUGCCAAGUUCUCCCAUACGACCACUCUCAUUGACCAUGUCGGUCCACUAACCUGGAAUCAUGUCACUGGGAAUGGAGAUAUGUAUUGUAUCUUUGAGAGGUUCUUUAAUUCUGGUCCUAUGCCAUCAAGAUUGAUCCAGAAAGUUUUUCGAGGAGAUGCCGUCCUCGAACAACUUGAUCUCGUGUACUUUAUUCAGAUGGUGGCGAUGCAAUCCCAACUAAGCCCACCCCCAAAGUCACACUUUGCUGUCGUCGUGAAGUCUCCAUGUAUUGCGGUCAAGUAUCCUUACCGUGGAACACAAAUUCGUCGAUUCCAGAUCAAGCUCACCACAGAGCCUGACUAUUUCUUGGCCUUGACCGUCUUAGGCGAAGUCAACUGUCCUUUGACAGAAGCUGAUAUUCUCAACAUCACAGCACCCGUGCGAGCAUCAUCUCCCGCGAGCACAGUUUCGUACUCUAUGUCCAGAUUUGGUCCUCCUCUACCAGCGUUCACCCGUCCUUCUCUCAACAUUGAGCCAACAGCCGCGAACGAGCGGCUGUAUGGUUCUACAUCUUUCCCAAACAUGUCGCGCAACGACCUGGAAGUCCCCAACUCUCAGUCAUCUGCGGUAUCUGCGCCAGCCACAAAGAAACGUCAAUCUUCAACAGUGACACAAGCAACCCCGGAACACCAAGAGGUGCAACCCUCAAAGUCAAGCAAAGACCAAGAAGUCGUUCCUCUGAAUCUAGCGACAGACCCUGAGCCUGGGCCUGGUUUUGUCGAGUCCCAAUCCCAAAUCUUAUCACAGCCGCCUCUGUUUUCCCAACCGAGCCAACCAUUUUUAAUCUAUGAAGAACCUCCAGCCUCAGCUCAAAUUCCUGCAAAUGGUUUACUGGUUGCGCACACACCCCAAGCACCCAGUGUUCCGAAUUCCAUACUCGCACAUCAUAAUCCAAGAGAUUCAAACCUCAUUAGCAAGCCAGAUGACAAACCAGGACAAGAGCCGAUGUCGCGCACAGCCUCGGCCAUGACAGAAGAUCAGCUCGCCGAGUAUUUGGCUUUUCCGACCUCCGAACGGGUUGUUAUUCUCCAAAACUGGAUGUGUGAGCUGAUGGAGGACGACAAAUUUAUGGCAUUAUGUCAGGAUGUGGAAGGAACCUGGAGGCGAUUUGCUUUCGGACAGAAGCAGUGA